AUGGCGGCCAAACGAAAAUCACAAGGUGGUCGCGAAGAUGACGACGAUUCUUCAAUUUUGCCGCACAAACGACAUGAAAACACGACAUCACAAGAUGCAACGACUUAUUAUAGCACAGAAUCUUCUUAUGGCGUUCAGUGGUACGAACAGCGCGGCCAGUGGAUAGCAUUGUAUGACUGGAAUAGUGGACAUUAUUAUUAUCAAAAUAUCGGCGAUCAUAGAACGCAGUGGGAGCAGCCAGCAGAUUGGGAUUCUAUUCAUCCUCUGUAUAUACCAGUAAACCAGUACAGUGCGGGAUUUUGGAAUGAAUCGGUGAACAGAAAAGUCGAUACAUCAAAAUAUGUGCACGAGGAAGAAAACUACAAGACAUCUGUCGGCGAUUUGGAAGCGAAGGUUCAGCUGUUUCUCAGUCGUCCUGCUCGCCGACAGAUCGAUCCGGAGGAGAAGAAAAAACUGCACUGGAUCCCUGAGGGAGCUACUGAAUAUAACAUUUGGUAUGAUCGCUGGGUGGGAGAACACUGGAGAGCGGACAAAGACCACGGUCAGUUAUGUGGUUAAUUAGUUAAAUCUUCUUCAACCUUGGAAACUUAAGUAAAAACAAAAAUGUUUGAUAUACACGGAAAAGCGUAGUUUAAUACAGUUAUUAGUGAAUGUGAGGUUUAAGUUGACUCUGGUUAACAUUCCCCCUGGCACCCCAGGGACCCUCUGAAUAGGUGCACAGAACUAAUGCCCAAGAAUAGCAAAAAAGGCAGCUUAUGGGUGGCAUUUGUUGCUCAAAAACACCUUUGCUUAAAAACCAAUCAUUAUUCACCUUCAAACAGAAAAAGAUGGACGACAUCUUCAUAGAGAAAAAAAUAUAAAUUUACUUUUUUUGUGGUUCUGGCUUGCAAUCUUUAGCAUAAUCACUGAAUAGUUAAGAAGUAUUUUCUGUUGCACAAACAAAAAAAUCAUAUCUGAGAUAUGUAUACAUUUUUUUUUUGUUGAAGGCAAAUAAAUAGAUCUAUUGAUAUUAUAAGUCACUGGCUCAAAUAUCUUCGCGAGUUUUGAUUCCAAAAUUAGUUUUUCUUGGUUAUUUCUGACCAAAGAAGUUUUAGAUUAUUGCUACCAUAGAUGAUAGUGAAUAUUAUUAUAGAGUCAAGUUUAAAUUAAUUGCCAAGACAAAGUUCCUCUUUUGCCAGUAAAUUUGCUUAAUGUUCAGCAUCUUUUAGCAAGCUUUCAAAACAUCUUUUAUCCUUUGGUAAUCCUUAAUUGCCUCCAAAUCCAGCUCCCCUUAUUUCUCAUGUUUACCAAAAUCUUUAUUAUUGGAAUCAGAAUCUGAGACACUGUGCCAUUGUGUAGACUCCUUUUCCAUCAUUAUUUUAGUAAUAAGCUGAGUGUGAUCUGGUGAACUUUCUAAAUCUGAGAACUUUUCAAUUGUUUCCAAGUCCAGCUCAAAUUCAUCUUCAGAAUCAUCUUCAAAGUCUGACUCAGAAUUUUCAUCAUCAUCAUCAUCAUCUCUUAGGUCUGAAUCACAGUCCUCAUCUAAAUAAUAAGCUGGGUCUGUAGGUGGUACAAGUUGGAGUUGCUCCACAGUCUGCUGGUAUUUUAACUCUGAGACAAUUUCUUGUCCUUUCAUCUCAGAAGGCAGACUGUCUUGUCUGAUACCAACUUGUCCAACUCUGACCGUGUUUUUAUGUGUUAAUUCCACUGCAGAAUUUGUUGAAGAGUGCAGGUGUUGAAGCAAUGUUACAGGCUCUUGAAACACUUGCUUUUGUGCCACUGAUUGCAUAAUCUGUUGCUCAUUUUUCUCAAACAUUUCUAGUGAAGGAGCAAAUGGUCUCUUGUUUCCUGGCAGCUCCUCGUGUGGACUUGCUAGUGACGUGAAUUCCAUCAUCGGUUGUUGUGAUAACUUACAAGCUAUACCUGGUGUUUCUAGAUCAGCUGCUGGUGCAAUACACAUGGUGUUGAUAAACGGUGUUGCCAUUGCAAGACUUUCUUGAGUUAUAUCCAUUUCUUCGUGAUCCGCAUUUGAAAAUGGAAAAGGAACUACUUGUUGAUCUACCUCCAUUUCCUCUUCGCGUGUUUUAAAGCUGAAGAGUGCUGGCGAGGCCAAAAUAGAUGGUAGGGAAAAUGACAGAAGGUGCCACAACGAAGAAUUUUCCUGCUCAGUCUCCAUUGCAUCGCUUUCCACCAAAGCAUUAGAACUCAAUGGUGUCUGCAACAUAUCGCAAGCCUCUGUUAAUGCCCCUGGGUUGUGGCCUAUGUCCAUUUCCUCCUGUCGUAUUUCAGGUUCUGUAGUUAGUUCAUGCGUGACCUCCAUUUCCUCUGGUAUUAUGAUAGUGAAAAGAGUCUUGCUCUUCCCACUUUCUGUCACCUCCAUAAGCUCCACCUGCUCUGUUAUACCUUUACUUGGCAACUCUUCAUCUGCUUGGGAGGUAUACAUGGCUGAGGCUAGUGCUGUUGUUUGCAUCCUGGAGAUCGUCCCUGUUCUGCCUAUAGCCUGUCUUUUGAUGUUCACUCCUGUUCCUGCUAUAAUCGUGGAGCCUCUAGCAUUCUCCAUAGUAGAAGCUCUCUCCUCGCCAUUUGAUGAUCGCUUCGGUCGAGAAGCUGCAUGCUCCAUCACUUUGUGUGUUAUGGCUUCAUACUCUUUCGCAUUGUUAACGACACUAGAUGUUUGUGUUUCCUUACUGACUUUUACAGAAGUUAUCAGAUCUAAACGCCUUUGCCUUGGUGACAUGUUUCGAGUAUGUGCUGUAGGAGAAGCAACCUUUCUCACAUUAGAAGGCGGUAAUAAUCGUGGCGUAAUUUUAUCUUUUGUCUGGCAGGUAACUGAUGGAGCCGAUAGUCGUAGAUCUUCAUUUGCGGAAGUUACAACUCUCUUUUGUUGACUCUUUCUGCCCACAGUGGCCAGGAAAGGUUUAUCUCCAGUGAAGGAUAACACCGAGCAUAACGUUUCUUUGCCGCUCUUCUUGUCUUUUUUCAAUGCUUUUGAUUGCAUCUCUCUAAGCACUGGCGGGUGGAAGUGAUCCGCAGCCGAUUUUCGCUUCCAAGUGCUGCGUGAUCUACUGGGCUGUGGAGGAAAACUGAUGCCAGGGUUUUGUGAGUUCUCGGAACAACAGCAUUGGUAAGAUGUGAUUGGAAUGUCUCCUUUCGUAAUUGGUGUAAAACUAGAACCACCUGAAUGGUCAUCUUCACUAUGAGGUGAUAGUUGUUCUCGAUGUACAACAGGAAUAACGGCAGAUCUGUCUACUUUGGAGCCUUUCUUGAAAUUUGAUAAUACGUUCAUCUCUUCGAUAGAUGUAUUUUCUGGCAUACUUAGUUUGCUUGCCAUCAGCUGAGAGACUGCUUCUUGUAUUCUGAAGCAAAACGCUGAUACUAUUGAUUUUGAGUUUGAAACUGCACUUAUAAAAAGGUCAACUGUUUUCCAUAGAAGCCUCGAGGUAACAUUCUUAGUUGCCUUCCCUUUUAGUGCAUGAACGUAACUGCAAACCGCCUCCCGUGCGGAAAGCGUGAAAACUGUUAUUGUAUAAGCCAUAAUCAUGGAAAUUAUAUUUCUGCAUUCCUUGAUUCUCCAAUUGUUUUUUAUGCCUGCUAGAAAGCCUUUGAAGCAGACAUAACUUGUCCGUUUUACGAUCAGCACCAAACGAACCAUUGCCUUAGUCACACUGCUUAAGACGUUAAAUGUGUUGUGUCCUGGCACACAAUCAUUGCCUUUUUCUAGCGGAGAGGUAAUGUUUUGUGAUUCCUUUGAUCUCAUCGCAGGCGCAUAGUCAUUCUCAACCUCGCCAUUUGGCCGGUCGUGACUUGCAGGUCUUUUUGUUUCCUCAUCCAUAUCAACAGACCACAGUCGCACAAACCNUUAGUGCAUGAACGUAACUGCAAACCGCCUCCCGUGCGGAAAGCGUGAAAACUGUUAUUGUAUAAGCCAUAAUCAUGGAAAUUAUAUUUCUGCAUUCCUUGAUUCUCCAAUUGUUUUUUAUGCCUGCUAGAAAGCCUUUGAAGCAGACAUAACUUGUCCGUUUUACGAUCAGCACCAAACGAACCAUUGCCUUAGUCACACUGCUUAAGACGUUAAAUGUGUUGUGUCCUGGCACACAAUCAUUGCCUUUUUCUAGCGGAGAGGUAAUGUUUUGUGAUUCCUUUGAUCUCAUCGCAGGCGCAUAGUCAUUCUCAACCUCGCCAUUUGGCCGGUCGUGACUUGCAGGUCUUUUUGUUUCCUCAUCCAUAUCAACAGACCACAGUCGCACAAACCGUUUUGGUGCCGAGCUUGAAAUUGGGUUACAUUUCGUUUGCGGAUUUAUCUUUAAAACCUGGUUAAGCUGAUCACUUUGAUUGUUCAGUCCUUGACUGACAUGCUUCCCAUUCCAAACGUCAUACCUCUCCCAGUGACUACAGGUCGCCUUCAAACUCGAAAUACCUUUUUCAGUUAUAGGAUCUUUGCCUUUCUUCUCCGCAUGUUCUUCAAAUUUACGAGGCUUAAGUAGAUGUUUGUAGUGAGUUCUUUCCUGUCUCAUACCACCAGACUCCUCCCACAAAGAAGGUCUGGUACUAGGGACAGCUUUCUCUGUCCUACGAAAAUUGCUUUUGCUGGAAACACAUUCUUCAACUCUCGCUAUCUUGUUGACGGUAAACGGAAUUGGCAGCCUGUCGUUAUUUGCGUUAUUUCCGUUGAGCAGAGUCUCCUUUUGUUUGUAAGGUUUUUUGUUCCUCUCAGUUUGGUUUGGUUUCUUGACUUGGCGAUUUCCUGUAUUUUCAGAUGCAACACGAGGUACUGUACCAUUACCUCUGAAGGUAAUUGUAGUCAGUGUAGGCUCUUUUUGCUGCCUUGCGGCCGUUCUAGCAUUUAUCUGCCUGAAUACGCAAAUAAAACUUUUACAAAACUUCCUUUCCAUCCAUUUCCACUUUUUCAUCACCAACUUUAAGAUAAAGAAUGUGAACGCGCUGAUAAUAAAUAUACCGCUAACGCUAUCCAUGUUAGAGUUUUUCUUUCCACAAGAUCUCUGACUAAACUUUUUUUCUUAUUUCAUUUGUGACGAUAUUCUAUUGCUACUGUUGCGUCAUCGCUUAUUCCCGCGCGCGCCAUUCAGCGCGCGCUGCUCAAAACACAGCAGUCACGAAAAGCCGACUUGAUACUGACUAUGGAUAACUACAUGGAACAAACCGAAAAAUGAAGUAUUGGCGUGGUAAUAAACAAUGCAAAUGACAACCCAAUGUUGAAUUUUCUGGAAAACGUUCUCAGGGUAUAGACAACAUUUUCAACAUUAAAAUGUUUUUACGCAUGUUUGUUCAGCUCGAAAGUGUACUUUAAGUAACGCAUGUGUUAAUCGAAGUUACUUACUGCCAUGGGUGUCAUUGGCUGAAAUGUUGAAAACGAUAUUGCAUUCGCAAAGAAACUGCUGUUUGGUGGAGAGGCGAGACAUUCCGCUUGCAGAGAAAAAAACACCUUUCUGAUUGGUUAUCACUCGGAAUGCUCCGUCAAAAAAUGAUCUGAGUGUCUAACAAAAACAUAAGUAGAAAAAGUAGGAAAUAACUCUUUUAAACGGAGAGCUGUUUAAAAACGUCUGUUUAAAUGAAUCAAUAAAAGAAAUGAAGAUGCAUGUUGGAUUGAGGAAAUCUAUACUUGACAUGUAUUUUAAUGUUUUUGCCUUGAAAAUUAAAGCAUUUUUAGUGACGUUAAUAUUAUUCUGACAGACCACGCACUGAAUGCCUUUAGAACCUUUGUAAGGAGUGAAAUAUUUUGGGCAAUUACAACAUUUCUGAAUUCCCAGUUUUUUGUAAAAUGAAUUCCCUUUUUUAAAAGUCAAACCCGAGACAUCAUCCCUGGAAUGUUUUAGCAAAUUAUCAGUUUUUUACGAGCAAAGAGGUAAAUGAUAAUUUAGUCGUAAAUAUCUUUUCCCAUUUACAUGUUUACAGGUCCUUCAGAGACAAGGUGCUGUUUAGAAACAGAUGCUGGAUUCACAAAAGCCAACGUUUAUGAACCGGGUGGAAACAAACAUUAUUUCUGUAUCUACUUCGCUAGAGGGUGUUGCCAUUUGGGGUCUGAAUGUGGAUACUUUCACGUGAUACCCACGGAUAAAGAUGAACAAAGGUCAGUGGGUCUUGCUAAAUACUCUGUUUUUCAUUGAUAUUGAGAAAAUCAAUCUUCAGCGUUACCCGAACGGAUGAAAUUUAGGUAAAAGUCAGUAAGAGUGUUUUUAAUUAAAGGUUUUACAAAGUAAGCAUAAUGGUGGUUGAGUUCCCCAGAGCCAAAAACACCAGUAUAAGUGUUGCUAAAGCUUACAAAAGGGCCUUAGGAAUGCAAAAAAACAAACAAACAAACAAAUCUCUUUCUCUGAAUUUUAGUGGUCCGUUUGCCAAAAAAACUUUGUUGAGACUAUUUUGUUUGCAAAAAACUUUGCGACUGUAUAAUCGUCUUCCAAGUGGCCCGGUUCGAGUAGUUGCACUUAAACACAGCUGAUAUUUCAUUGUAGAAUCGAUCUUGCCCAUGACGUUUUUGGCCGAGAGCGUCACCGCCUUCACAAGGAUGAUAUGGGUGGAGUGGGUACAUUUGACAAGGAAUGCAGGACACUGUAUGUUGGAGGAUUGGCUAAUCGAACUAAACUGGAGAAACUUCUGUGGUCUGAGUUUGGCGAGUGGGGUGAAAUUGAGGUAAAAAUAAACAUUGCCCGUAAUAAAAGCAAGAGGUUUACAUAAGUAAAACAGCAACUUUGCACGUGCAUCACGAUUUUUGUACAUUUCUUUGCUGUCACUGUACUACUAUGACGUGGAAAUGUCUAUUUUUACGUUUUUUACACGUGGAGGACGUCAACACUCGACGUUCUUUUUCUUUUCCUGAACUUCGAUACAGUCUUUUAGGAUUCGACUGUAGAUAAAUUUGCUAACAAUUGAGGAUUUGAACGAGACUGAAUUAAUUCACUUGUAAGUGACUUUUUCGCAAGAAUGAAGCUCGGUUUCGCCCUCAGAUAGCAGAAUUUAGUGGAGGCUCUCGUGAACGGUCACGACCUCUAUUACCGUCACUUUUAGACAUUUCUCUUUGUGUUUAUCUUCCGGAAAAAGACCACUGGAGACAAGCUUCGAUCUGUAAGCCUUUGGCUCUUAUUAUANGAGAUUGGAUUAUCUUCUUCCAAGUGCCCUGGUUCGAGUAGUUGCACCUUAACACAGCUGAUAUUUCAUUGCAGAAUCGAUCUUGCCCAUGACGUUUUUGGCCGAGAGCGUCACCGCCUUCACAAGGAUGAUAUGGGUGGAGUGGGUACAUUUGACAAGGAAUGCAGGACACUGUAUGUUGGAGGACUGGCUAAUCGAACUAAACUGGAGAAACUUCUGUGGUCUGAGUUUGGCGAGUGGGGUGAAAUUGAGGUAAGAAUAAACAUUGCCCGUAAUAAAAGCAAGAGGUUUACAUAAGUAAAACAGCAACUUUGCACGUGCAUCACGAUUUUUGUACAUUUCUUUGCUGUCACUGUACCACUAUGACGUGGAAAUGUCUAUUUUUACGUUUUUACACGUGGAGGACGUCAACACUCGACGUUCUUUUUCUUUUCCUGAACUUCGAUACAGUCUUUCAGAAUUCGACUGUAGAUAAAUUUGCUAACAUUUGAGGAUUUGAACGAGACUGAAUUAAUUCACUUGUAAGUGACUUUUUCGCAAGGAUGAAGCUCGGUUUCGCCCUCAGAUAGCAGAAGUUAGUGGAGGCUCUCGUGAACGGUCACGACCUCUAUUACCGUCACUUUUAGACAUUUCUCUUUGUGUUUAUCUUCCGGAAAAAGACCACUGGAGACAAGCUUCGAUCUGUAAGCCUUUGGCUCUUAUUAUAUUUUUCAUGGCCUUAUUCUUUCCUUUUACCUUCUAGGACUUGAGAGUAAUACCAAAACGCAACAUCGCGUUUGUGCGCUACAAGAACAGGGUGAAUGCGGAGUUUGCAAAGGUGUGGUGUGAACUGUUUCGUUACAAAAUUUAACCGGGUGCGUUAGGUUUGCAAAAGAUAGACAACGGGGAAGGUGUUGGAAAGGAAGGAAGAGUGGGGGAGAUCCGCGAACGCGCAAGGAGGUGUCCUUCCUCCUCGCGUGACCGUCACACUCUCACCCCCUUCCUCCUAGAGAACCUCCUUAUCACAAACUAUGCAGACAAUGAAUAUUCCUAGCUUCUUAACGUUGUUACUUUUCUUCGUUUCGACCUUGAAGACUCUGUAACAGUGUUACUUUAACCCUUCGACUAAAACGCGAGAAUCUCGAAAAUAUACCAUUCGGUUCAUUAAAAAAAACUCUUCAUUUUUCUCUCACGAGAAUUACCGGUCUCUCAGUUUUCCCCUUAUUAAAGGCGAUGUUAAACGAGACGAUUGGCGACUACGAUUUUUAGCGCAACACAGCGUAACUUGCAAUGUUGGAACAUUAUUGAAACUAUUCGAUACAAUGAUGCAACACUGUGUUGCGCCAAAAUCGUCAUUGCGAAUCAUCUCGUGUAUCAUCAGCGGCAAAAAGGCAAUAGGUUAGAUUAGCAAAACAACAAUUUUGUACGUGCAUCAGGCUUUUUUUAACAGUUCUUAGCCGUCGUUGCACUACUGCAACGUGAGAGUGCCUAAUUUUACGUUUAGUGAAAGACGGGAACACAACCCCGCAAGACAACAACUUUCUUUUUCUUUUCCUGAACUUUGAUAAAGUCCUUCAGAAUUCAACUCCAUUAAAAUUUGCCCACAUAUGACAAGUUAAACGAGAUGGAAUAAGUGCGAUAAAGUUUGAAGCAGCGCGAAUCACAAUUUUUUUAGUGACGUUUUCAUAACCGACGCCGUCGUUGUUGCUUAAGCUCCCUAAUGCAAAUAGACUGAUACAGGAAAGUAGUCUAGUCCAGCUUAGGUGUUAUGAGGAGAUGUCGUUGAGGAACCGUUAGGUUUUUACGCGGCGAAGGUGUUCCAGAUCGUUCCUUUGAAAACCUUCCUGGCACAGACGUGUCAUUUGUGUUUUUAAGUAUGAUUAUACUGAGAUUUUUGUUCGCUCUUUAGAUCGCAAUGUCAGACCAGAAGUUAAACAAUAGAGAAUUGCUCAAUGUAAGAUGGGCUUUUGAUGAUCCUAAUCCUAAAGCAAGGAAAGAGGUGCGCACUUGUAGUUAGCGUUUCUAAAAUACAUGUUGAAUUGGACUCUGUGAACUCCUUUGAUUAAUAAUGACCUUGCUUCCCCCGUUCGAACAAAAAGAGAGAUUUAUUGGGAAACGUUAUCCCGUCAAAGAAAGGACAAAUCCAAGCUAUUUGCUCUUAAGUCCGGAUCUGGCGUGGUUCUCAGGCUAGCCUGCGUAGCAAGCGUUUCCUCGCGAGGUUCGUCUAGAAAGCUGGGACAAGAGCAAAAAAAAAUGAACCUUCGCGCAAUAACACGAUUGGAAACGCUUGAUACGCAGGCUAUUCUCAGGCGUUCCGAAGUAGCUCGUUUAAACAGUGACAGUUUAAACUCGGAUCGUCUGGGGACGAGACUAUUGGAAGCACCAAAUGAAGACUCAGACGACUUAUCCAUCCUCGACUUUACAACUUAGCGAUAUUUUCAUUGCUCAAGGCUAACUUUAGCAUCUUUCUGACCAACCUUUGUUUUGUUUUUGUUUUUUUUCAGGAACUUUUAAGAGCGAAAAAGAAGGUACUCGAGGCCGCAUCAGAGAGAGGUUUACUUCAAAAGGCCCGUUUGCGCCCCCGCGACCCACCCGGUGGCCAGGUAACAGGGCCUUAUCCAGAUACAAACAACCAGUACCCCGUGGAAUGUGGCCCUAUGAGCAAGGAACAGUUCGAACAGGUAUAGGUUUGCUUUGCUGUUUUAAACCUUUUUUUUACUCUUAGUUAAUUUCCCUUUGGUUAAAUAUAUAGUAAAAUCAAAUAAAAUCAUUUUUUAUUGCUUCUCCCUUAACGUUAGUGUCUGUAAACAAAAUCCUAGGCCUUACUAUGUUAAUUAGCUUCAAACGGUACUCUUUUCGUGCUAGAACUAGGAUUGUUCUUACUUUUGAGUCUGUCUAAGAAGGCAGAUGAAAUCAGGACUUUUCAACAGCAAUUUCAUAUGACACUAUUUGUGGUGUAUAAAUGGGAUCUAACUUUUGGGUAUGUGGAUCGGGAAUCAUGUGUUAAAGAAGCUUGGCAAGGGAAUGUGCGCGGGAGACGAGAAAAAAAUAAAGAAUGAGAACAAAACAGAGGAUUGGAAAUGAAGCUACUGAUAGAGCUGGGGUUCAAGUUAGGGUUUUGUUAUUCUUGUUCUCAUUUUUCAUUUUCCCGUUCCCAUUUUUCAUUUUCCUGUUCCCCGUGCUCGUUGUAAGUGCCCCGUUUUUAGGUAGUAACAUCCCAGUCUUUGGAAUUUCAAAAAUAUGAAACGAUAUGACAACGCAUGCACUCUGCAGCCAUAGAAUUAAAUCCUACGGUUUGUUUUCCUGUUUCAGGCUGAAAUACUAGAGAAUGUGUACACAGACUGUACGAGGUUGGACGAGGCUCUGAAGAGAGGAGAGGCUCUCCACGUUAAAGAGGCGGACAGUAGUCAAGCAGUUCAUUCACAGCUCUCUGAAUACUCUGAGUACAGUAGUGCAGAGAACACACAAGCUACAGAGACAGAUUGGAACAGUGAUAAUAAUUACUCAGGAUAUUAUAGUUACGAUUAUAGCCAAGCAUGGGACUAUUCGCAGUAUUAUCAAACUGAUCACUCGUGUUCAACUAAGGAUCCUUACAGAGAGAUACUUACGUCCAGCGCUAAAGACAAUUCCGAAGCUUCCAAUAGCUAA